AUGCCCGGUGGUGCAGGUCCUGCUGGCGGCGUCGACGCCCUGCGCGUCGAGGCCCCGGUUACCCUCAAGACUUACUUGAUGUGUGCCUUUGCUGCCUUUGGUGGUAUCUUCUUCGGAUACGAUUCUGGAUACAUUGGCAGUGUUCUCGGUAUGGAUUACUUUAUCUCGACAUUCGAGCACCUGGACAAAGCAUCUACCCCUGCCGCCCAAUUCGUUAUUCCCUCGUGGAAGAAGUCUCUCAUCGUCUCCAUUCUCUCGGCCGGUACAUUCUUUGGCGCACUGAUUGCUGGUGAUAUCGCAGACUGGUAUGGACGUCGCACAACCAUUAUCUCUGGUUGCGGUGUUUUUAUUGUCGGUGUGGUUCUCCAAACCGCCUCUAGUAGCUUAGGUCUGCUGGUGGCUGGUCGUCUGAUUGCUGGAUUUGGUGUCGGCUUCGUUUCGGCCAUCAUUAUUCUGUACAUGUCUGAGAUUGCUCCCCGUAAAGUGCGUGGGACUAUCGUCUCGGGCUACCAGUUCUGCGUCACUAUCGGCCUAAUGCUGGCGUCCGUUAUCGACUAUGGCACCUCGAAGCGCACCGACUCUGGCUCAUACCGCAUUCCUAUUGCCCUCCAACUCCUUUGGGCUAUCAUCCUCGCCACUGGUCUCUUCUUCCUGCCUGAGUCCCCUCGUUACUUCAUUCGCAAGGGCAAUAAGGAGAAGGCGCGCGAGGUUCUGGCUCGCGUUCGCGGUCAGCCUAUUGAUUCUGAAUACAUCAGCCUCGAGUUAACGGAGAUCGACGCUAAUUUCCAGUACGAGCAGCAGGUUAUUCCCGACGGCGGCUACUUUGCUAGCUGGUUGAACUGCUUUACUGGAAGCCUUUUCAAAGCUAACAGCAACAUUCGCCUCACCAUCCUAGGUACUUCUCUGCAGAUGAUGCAACAGUGGACUGGUGUCAACUUCGUGUUCUACUUCGGAACCACCUUCUUCACCCAAUUAGGAACGAUUUCGAAUCCCUUCUUGAUCAGCAUGAUCACAACUAUUGUUAAUGUGCUGUCAACUCCUAUUUCUUUUUAUAUUAUCGAGAAGUAUGGUCGUCGCACUAUCCUCCUAUGGGGUGCUCUGGGUAUGGUCAUUUGUCAGUUCAUUGUCGCUAUCGUUGGUACAGUCGAUGGACAGAACCACUCGGCUGUUAGCGCCAUGAUUGCAUUCAUCUGUAUCUACGUCUUUUUCUUCGCUAUUACCUGGGGUCCCGGUGCCUGGGUCGUGAUCGGCGAGAUCUUCCCUCUCCCCAUCCGUUCCCGUGGUGUUGCCCUGUCUACCGCCUCCAAUUGGCUCUGGAACUGCAUCAUUGCCGUCAUCACUCCUUACUUGGUUGACGCUGACAAGGCCAACUUGGGCCCCAAGGUCUUCUUCCUCUGGGGUUCCCUAUGCUUCUGCGCCUUUGUCUACACCUACUUCCUCAUUCCCGAGACCAAGGGCCUGUCCCUGGAGCAGGUCGAUAAGAUGAUGGAGGAGACCAACCCUCGUACCUCCGCUCGCUGGCAGCCGCACUCCACCUUCGCCGACGAGAUGGGUCUCACCGACGAGAAGGCUGGCGUUGCUCCCACUGUCACCCAAGUGGAAGCCUAG